CAAAAGAACUGUAUCGCUUUAUGGGAGCUGCUGGACUUAGUAAUUGAACGCAAAACCAGUAAGAGCAGAGAAAGAGAUGCGUCAUUGGAUUUGAUUUCAAAGCCAGAGACGACAUAAGAAGAGCAUAAGGACAGAGCUAUGGAGACUCUACUGCUAACGCUUCUUGGAGUGCAGGCAGUGACGGCAAUGGGACACUGGUGUGAACGCGUGGUGCAGGAGCGAGUGGAGCGAGUCCUGGCCCCACGUCUGCAGAAGGACGUGAGCUGCUCGGAGGUGUAUCAGUUCAACACCCUGGGCUGGAAGCUGGAUGUGGACAGGAUGCGAGCGAGUCACGGCGGCGAUGACGGCAUCGCACUGUACUACAGACAACAGGGCCUCAACGCCUCCUGCUCCGUGUACAAACCUGCAGAGCUGGACAGUCAGGUGGUGAACAGAACGGUGAAGAGGUGCUGCGAGGGCUGGGCUGGAGCCCACUGCUCUGAGGCAGUCGGAGCGCGAGGGCAGUGUUACUCUACAUGGAACUGUGAGGAGUUCCCUGGAAUUCACAACACAUCCCUCAUGCAAAUGGAGCACUGCUGCGGCACCUUGUGGGGCCUGAGCUGGAGAAACGCGUCUGACAUGGCCUGCUUGUCUUGUUCCUACACUCUUCUUCCUGAGUCCCAGUCCUCCCCACUGGUGCGCAGCUCUCUGCUGGCCAGCGCCAGAGUGGCUCAGGGCUCCGCCACCUGCAUGUCCUGGGGUGGAGCCCACUACCGCACCUUUGACAGGAAGCACUUCCACUUGCAGGGAAGCUGCACCUAUGUACUGGCCUCAUCUUCUGACGGGACGUGGGCGGUCUACAUCAGUACAGUCUGUGAUGGGAUGGGAAACUGCAGCAGAGCGCUAAGGAUGAUGCUGGGCCUGGACUUGGUUUCAGUUCAUCACAGGAACCUAACAUUAAACAGUAUUGCUGUUCAAAACAGAGAACCACUCUUCCAAAAUGGAGUCAGUGUCCACUGGUUGGGGGAUUUCGUGUUUGUGGACAGCGGUUUGGGUGUGAGAGUAAAGUUUGAUCUGGUUAACACAGUGUAUCUGACCGUGACAGCUGAACACUUGGGCGCCACCAGGGGCCUCUGUGGAAUCUACAACAACAGGGCAGAUGAUGAUUUCACCACAGUGGGUGGAGCUGUGUCCCCGUACGCUGCCAGCUUUGGCAACUCGUGGAAAGUACCCGACCCACAGAAUGAAGGCUGCAGCGACGCGGCUGAGUUCGGUCACAGCUGUGAUGUUUCAGGAGACCCGGCUCUACGUAGGGACGCAGAGUCAGCAUGUCACCGCCUGCUGGAGAAGCCCUUCACACAGUGCCAUGCCCGGUUGGACCCGGCGGCGUACGUUGACUCCUGCCUCUACCUGCACUGCAGCCUGUCACCCAGAGACAGGGCCGCCGCAGUGUGUGACACGCUGGCCGGCUUCGCCCGGGAGUGCGCCCAGCAGCACGUGGUCCUGACCUGGAGGACGGACGCCUUUUGCAGUCGCACCUGCCCCAGAGGUCAGGUGUUCUCAGACUGCGUGUCCUCCUGCCCCCCCACCUGUGCGGCCCCCCAGCUGCCGGGCUCGGCCGCGUCCGCCAGCCAGUGCAGGGAGGAGUGUGUGGGCGGGUGCGAGUGUCCUCCGGGCCUCUACCUCCACCAGGGACUCUGCCUGAAAAGAGACGAGUGUCCGUGUUUCCAUCGCCGGCAAACCUACCAGUCAGGGGCCAGGAUCCAGCAGAGAUGCAACACUUGUGAGUGCAGAGCAGGCCGGUGGCAGUGUACCACGGAGAGGUGUGCAGCGCAGUGCAGCCUCAUGGGGGCGCUACAGGUGACAACCUUUGACAAGAAGAGGUACUCGCUGCCAGGAGGAGACUGCUCCUUCACGGCGGUGGAGGACUUCGUGGACGGGAAGCUGGCGGUGGUCACGCGCUGUGGGGAGUGUACGGCCGGAGGAGGCCUGGGCUGCCUGAGGGAGGUCACAGUCACGGCGCUGCGCACCUCAGUCACCGUCUCGGACGCCGGUACCGUCACGCUGAGCGGCCGGGCGCAGGCUUUGCCUGUGGUGACGGGGGACCUUGUCGUACGCAGGGCGUCCUCCUCCUUCCUCCUCAUUCAGACCUUUGGAGCCCAGCUGCUCUGGUACCUCGAAGGGCCCAUGGCGUUCAUCACGUUACAACCCGGCUUCGCAAACAAGGUGCGCGGCCUGUGCGGGACACUGACCUGGAAUCAGCACGAUGACUUCACCACGCCACAGGGGGAUGUGGAGAACAGCGUGUCGUCCUUCGCGGGGAAGCUGCUCGCCGGCCGCUGCAGUUUGCCCCGCGGGGCUCCGGCCGAGCCCUGCGCCACCUUCACCCAGAGGAGGCGCUACGCCGAGUCGGCGUGCUCCAUCAUACACGGGCCGGUCUUCCAGGUUUGUCACGACGUGGUGGAGAGGGAGCCCUACUUCCACCUCUGUCUGUCAGAGGUGUGCGGCUGCUCUGCGCCGGAGGCCUGUCACUGCACCAUCCUCACUGCCUACGCCCGCCACUGUGCCCAGGAGGGCGUCGCAGUGCACUGGCGCAACCACACCUUCUGCCCCGUCCAGUGCUCGGGGGGGCAGGUGUACCAGGAAUGCGGCCGCGCGUGCGGAGCAUCCUGUUCGGACCUGAGCCAGGGCUGGAGCUGCGACGACAGUGAAAUGGGCCCCAGGACGUGUGUUCCGGGGUGCCAGUGCCCACCGGGGCUGGUGCAGGACCACCAGAACCAGUGUGUCCCCCGGUCCAUGUGCCCCUGUGUGCAGGGAGACACCGUGUACCAGCCCAGUGCUGUCACUCAGAACAACUGCAACACCUGCGUGUGUGAGCAGGGGCUGUGGAACUGCACUCAGGCUCGCUGUGAGGACGUCAACCCGUGUCCCGGCUCUCUGGUCUACUCCCCGCGCUCCUGUCUCCUCACCUGCUCCAGCCUGGACCUCCCCGGCCGACAGCAGGAACCGGGCGUGGCGCCGUCAGGCUGCAAGGAGCCCCUGUCGGGCUGCGUCUGUCCCCAGGGAACCGUGCUGCUGGACGACCACUGUGUCGAGCCGGAUCAGUGUCCGUGCCACCACAACGGCCGACUUUACUACAGCAAUGACACCAUCACCAAAGACUGCAACACCUGCGUGUGCAGGGGGCGCCGCUGGCACUGCAGCCGGGCCGCCUGCGCCGGCGUGUGCGUGGCCACCGGCGAUCCGCAUUACGUCACCUUCGACGGCCGCUGCUACUCCUUCCUGGGCGACUGCCAGUACGUGCUGGCAAGGGAGGCCGGCGGCCUGUUCAGCGUCACGGCGGAGAACGUGCCCUGCGGCAGCACCGGGGUCACCUGCACCAAGUCGGUCACGCUCAGCCUGGGGAACACUGUCAUUCACCUGCUCAGAGGAAAAGCGGCGACGGUCAAUGGGAUGCCGGUCACUCUUCCAAAGUCCUACAGUGGCAGCGGCCUGACUUUGGAACGGGUCGGCGUGUUUGUGUCCGUCUACUCCCGCGCGGGCGUGACCUUGCUCUGGGAUGGAGGGAUGCGUGUCUACGUGCGCCUGGCGGCCCACCUGCGGGGCCGCGUCGAAGGCCUGUGCGGCAACUUUGACGGCGACGCGGAGAACGACUUCACCACGCGCCAAGGCAUCAUCGAGUCGACGCCCGAGCUCUUUGGAAACUCCUGGAAGGUCAGUCCUUCCUGCCCUGACGUGGCAGACCAGGACCUGAGAGACCCCUGUGCACUGAGCCCCCACAGAGUGACAUGGGCUAAGAAACGCUGUGCGGUCCUGUCCCAGGCCCUCUUCUCCCAGUGCCAUGCUGAGGUGCCUUUCCAACAGUACUAUGACUGGUGUGUCUUUGAUGCUUGUGGAUGCGACUCGGGUGGGGACUGUGAGUGUCUCUGCACAGCUAUUUCCGCCUAUGCCGAGGAGUGCAACCGCAGAGGGGUCUAUAUCCGCUGGAGGUCCCAGGAGCUCUGCCCUCUGCAGUGUGAGAACGGACUGGUGUAUGACCCCUGUGGCCCGGCCUGUUCUCCAUCGUGUCCCAGCGUUCAGCAGAGCCCACACUCCCAGUGCGGCACCCUGUCCUGUGUAGAGGGCUGCUUCUGCCCUGCUGGCACCGUCCAACACGGAGACAGCUGUGUGGUUCCCGCCCAGUGUCCGUGCGAGUGGGACGGCUCCAUGUUCCCACCGGGAACCGCCAUCUCGCAGAACUGCCAGAACUGUUCGUGCGAGGAGGGCGCGUGGCGGUGUGAGGGCGCGGCCUGCCCCCCUCCCCCUCCCCCCUGCCUGGACUCGGAGUUCACCUGUGCCCGGGGGCGCUGCAUCCCCGCUCAGUGGGCGUGUGACAACGAGGACGACUGUGGCGACGGUUCGGACGAGCAGUGCCCCUCCUCCUGCUCCCCGAACCAGUUCCGCUGUACCAGUACACCCAGUGGACCAUGUUUAAACCUGGCUCUGCGAUGUGACGGUCACCCAGACUGUGUUGAUCAAUCUGAUGAGGACUUCUGUGGGCCUCCUACCUCAGUGCCUUUGUGCCCUGCGGGGGAGUUUCAGUGUGCAAACGGGAAGUGUUUGCAGUACAGUCGUGUAUGUGAUGGACGGCUGGACUGUGGCUUUGCUGAUGGGUCUGACGAGCAAGACUGUGGUGUGGUGUGUGAUCAAGGGGAGUUCCUGUGUGCUGGAGGACGUUGCAUUCUCUACCUCCACCGCUGUGAUGGACAUGAUGACUGUGGGGACUUCAGUGAUGAGAGGGGCUGUGUGUGUGCUCCAGGGGAGUUUCAGUGCCCUGGGGACCAGUGUGUUCCUGCAGACAGAGUGUGUGAUGGACACAGAGACUGCCCCUCUGGAACUGAUGAAGCUGUCUGUCCAAGUAAAGUCACUUGUGGCCCUGAGCAGUUUCCCUGUAGUGAUGGAACGUGUGUUGCUGCACAUAAGCAGUGUGAUGGAACAUUGGACUGUGCAAAUGGAGAGGAUGAGAACAGAACCCAUUGCUACACUGUUAUCCCAACACUGUUUCCUUUGCCUAUCACACCCACUGAGCAUACUCAAGAUUGUCAUACCUAUGAGUUCAGCUGUGCCUCCGGUGAGCAGUGUGUCCCUCAGGCAUGGCGUUGUGAUGGGGAGACAGACUGUAUGGAUGCUAGUGAUGAACAGCAGUGUACUGCCCUAUGUGGCCCUGGCCAGGUGCCCUGUGUCAGUGGGGACCAAUGUGUUGACUACCACAACCUCUGUGAUGGUACCCUUCAUUGCAGGGAUGCAUCAGAUGAAAGUAUAGACAACUGUGGCUCCACCCGGAUUCCUCCGUGUCCUGGCAGCUUCUCAUGUGAUAAUCGUACCUGUGUGAACAUGACACAAGUUUGCAAUGGUGUCCCAGAUUGUCCACGGGGCGACGAUGAGUUGGUGUGUGAUAAAACUGUGUCACCGAUGCCUGACAGUAAGAACAUUACUGCCACCUGCCCUGAAUUCAGCUGUCUGGAUGGAUCUUGUAUUCCCUUUACAUCGGUUUGUAAUGGAGUGGGAGACUGCCCAGACUCCACACUAACUACCCUUGGAGGACCCACAGAUGAGCAGGGCUGUAGAACCUGGAGCUCCUGGGGUCCCUGGGGCCCCUGUAGCACCAGUUGUGGGACAGGCUCCAUGAGCCGGCAGCGAACCUGCCCCCCAGGAGAUCCACUUUGGCGUUGUCUUGGACAGGACGUUCAAAAGCAACAGUGCUUCAACUCCACCUGCCCAGUGGAUGGUCAGUGGCUACCCUGGGUGAGCUGGUCCAACUGUUCCAGUGGUUGUGGAGGAGUGCAGGUCAGACACAGGGGCUGCCUCCCUCCCCGCUACGGUGGCCGAGCCUGUUCACAGCUGCUUGGACCGUCCAGCUCAGCCAUGGAAAUCACGCCUUGUCCUAAUGAUGGAUGUGCCAACAGCAGCUGUCCCUCUGGCUUAGUGAGACACAGCUGUGCUCCCUGUCCAGUGUCCUGUGCCCAUAUCAGCAGUGGGACAUUCUGUGAUCCAAAAGCACCCUGCUUCUCAGGCUGCUGGUGUCCAGAGGGCCAGGUGAUGAGCCAUACACAGCAGUGUGUAUCACCAGACGAGUGCCUAUGUGAGGUGGCAGGUGUCCAGUACUGGCCAGGACAGCAGAUAAAAGUGGAUUGUGACAUUUGUGUUUGUGAGAGAGGAAUGCCUCAGAGAUGUCAGCCCAACCCAGACUGCUCAGUACACUGUGGAUGGUCAUCAUGGUCUGAGUGGGGAGAGUGUUUGGGACCUUGUGGUGUCCAGAGUGUCCAGUGGUCUUUCCGCAGUCCAAACAACCCCACCAAGCACGGAGAUGGGAGGGUGUGCAAAGGAAUUUACAGGAAGGCUCGUAGGUGUCAGACAGACUCAUGUGAGGAGUGUGAGUACCAGGAUCAGUCCCAUGCUGUGGGAGACAGGUGGAGGUCAGACCCUUGUGAAUUAUGUCACUGUCUGCCCAACCGCACAGUGCAGUGUUUCCACUACUGUCCGUAUGCUGUCACCGGAUGCCCACAGGGCCAAAGCCUGGUGCUUGGAGAUGGAGACCAGUGCUGUUACUGCCAAGGAGAAAAUGAUACAGUGUAUGUGACACUCAGUCCUGCCAGUGUGACUUUAAAGCCAGACAGACACACUACACCCCUGGUUCCAACAUAUCCACUGCCUCCUGGAGAUGAGUGUUGGUCACCAUUAGGUGUUCAAACUCUUCCAGUCUCUAGUUUUGUGGCUUCAUCACACCAGACAGGUCACCCUCCAGAGGCAGCUCGCCUUCAUGCAUUGGACCCUCACAGAGACCUCCAGGGCUGGAGUCCAGAACCUGAGGACUAUAAAGAUCUACCCCAACGGAGACCUGAAGGACACACUAGCAAAACGCAAAGCCCCUAUAUACAGAUAGACCUGCUGAAACCAUACAACGUCACUGGUGUGUUAACGCAGGGUGGUGGCAUGUUCAAUACAUUUGUAUCUAGCUUUUAUAUGCAGUUCAGCCAGGAUGGCAGGCAGUGGUACACAUACAAAGAGCUUGUCACUGAUGCCCGACCCAGAGCCAAGAUUUUUCUUGGCAACCAUGAUGACCAUGGGGUGGUGGAGGCCAGACUGGACAGGAUGGUCUCUGCCCAGUUUGUUCGCCUGCUUCCACAUGACUUUCAAAAUGGCAUCUAUGUUCGACUGGAGAUCAUGGGCUGUGGUGAUGGUGAUGGCAGGUUGACUACCUCGACCCCUUCCUCACCAAUCUCCCCAGUGGGCGGCUGCAGAGUGAGGGAGUUCCAGUGCAGCAAUGGUCGCUGUGUGCCAGCGGGUCCACUGGGAGUUGUCUGCAAUGGAGUCAACGACUGUGGAGACGGAUCAGAUGAGAUGUACUGUGGCACACAGCCGUCCCCUACAGCCACCAGCCCCCGCAGCUGCCCCUCUGGCCAGUUCUCCUGCCCCCCACCAGGGGGCUGCAUUACAGCAGAGCAGCGCUGUGAUGGGAUCGCUGACUGUCCUAAAGGAGAAGAUGAAAGCGGCUGCCACCCUCACGACCACUUCACCGCUCAGUCAGACAGACCACACACACCCACCCCUGCUCCUCUCAGGACUCCAUCUGUGUCUGCCGUCACUCGUCCUGCUGUGUCACCACCAGAUAGUGUUCCAGGGUAUCGUGGCAUCUGCUCAUCUCCUCUUGGCCUGGAGGAUGGGCGGAUUCGAUAUGGUCAGUUGACUUCAUCCUCACAUCGAGAAAACAACCCUGCUGAUGCUGGAAGACUAAACAUCAUUCCUAACAUUCCAGUAAUGGAGCCUGGAUGGAGUCCCUUGCCUGCAGAUGUCCAGCCCUAUUUUCAGGUGGACUUCCUGGAGCCCACGUGGAUAUCAGGGCUUGUGAUUCAGGGCAGUGAACGCAUGAGGGGAUACCUCACCAAAUACCAUCUGGCCUUUGCACUGCACAGCAACAGCUUCACAGACUACACCGAGAGUGGAAAACUUGGUGGUCCUGCUAAAGUGUUUGAAGUACGGAUGGUCGGCAGGAAACCCGUGACCCGCUGGCUGGACCGGCUAGUCAGAGCCCGUUACUUUCGUAUCCUUCCUGUAGAGUUCAGACACACCUUUUACCUGCGUGUGGAGGUUCUUGGCUGUAAAGGAGAUGAGUUGUUGACCCCCAGCAGUGUGACUACACCCCCCUCUGGUGGUGGACAAGUGCCGGUGCCUCGCUGCGAGCCAGGCCAGUUUGCAUGCCAGCACAGCGAGGAGUGUGUCUCUAUCUCUGUGCUUUGUGACGGUCGACCUGACUGCAAGGACCUGUCUGAUGAGAUGGACUGUGGCUUUCCAGGGCUGCGGAACCAGACUACUUCCACAGGAAGACCAGGUUUUCAUGGUGACAGUACAACAGGUGUCCCAGGACUCCGCACUACCAAGUCCCAGGGUGGCUUUCCUGGUCUGGCUACAUCUGGUGUGAGUGGCGCCACCACAGGCCAACCUGGAUUGCACCUCGCUACAACCCCUAGCUCUGGAAGGCCUGGUCUCCAAACCACUAAAGCCGAGUGGACCACUUCCAGCCUGCUACCCAGGGUGCUUUGUGUGGAGGGUCAAUUUGCUUGUGGACUAUUUGGCUGCAUAGACCCUGUUCAGGUGUGUGAUGGCAGGCAAGACUGUUUGGACGGGUCGGAUGAAGAACACUGUGGCACCACAGCCACGCCUGUGGUGAUAUCGCAGGUUCCCCUUGUGCCCAGCCCAUGUUCUCACAAGCAGUUCCCCUGUGGCAGUGGGGAGUGUGUUCAUACUGACCGUAGGUGUGACCUGCAGCAGGAUUGUGUGGAUGGGUCUGAUGAAAAAGAUUGUGUGGACUGCAUCAUGUCCCCAUGGACAGCCUGGAGUGCUUGCAGUGUGUCAUGUGGCUUGGGCUCGCUGUUUCGUCAGAGGGACGUCUUAAGGGAGGCUCUGCCUGGAGGCACCUGUGGUGUUGCUCAGUUUGAUAGUCGAGCCUGCUUUUCACGGGCAUGUCCAGUUAAUGGUCGCUGGUCAGAGUGGACAGAGUGGUCGGAUUGUGACGCUCUGUGUGGAGGUGGAGUCAAGCAGAGGAACAGAACCUGCACUGCUCCCCCUCCUAAAAACGGUGGUCGGGACUGUGAAGGCAUGACUUUGCAGAGCCAGACCUGCAACAAUCAGCCUUGCACCAAAGACACUGGCACACAGACGGGUUGUGUCAACGGCUUGGUGCUUGUGACUGCAGCAGACUGCCAGGCUGGAAGAGUUAAGCCUUGUCCUCUUACCUGUGCACAUCUUAGCUUUGCUGGGAACUGCACUGCUACCUGUGUGUUGGGGUGCCGCUGUCCCGAUGGUCUGUACCUUCAGGAGGGACAGUGUGUAAAUGCAAGCCAAUGUGUCUGUCACUGGAACGGCCAAGCACUGCAGCCAGGACAGACCGUGAAGGGGAACCAUUGUACCACAUGCCUAUGUAAACAUGGACAAGUCACCUGUGACAGCUCCAGCUGUGUGGCAAGCUGCCAGUGGUCUGCGUGGACGUCGUGGUCGUCAUGUGAUGUCACCUGUGGCCUGGGUUUACAGCAGCGCUACAGGUCUCCAGUGAACUCAACAAGUGCAGCUACUGUCCAGCCCUGUCCAGGAGAUUCCACUGAGGCCCGCACCUGUUCUAACACCUGCCUUCCUGCACUACUUGAAGGAGUUUGGAGUAAAUGGACCAGUUGGUCCGAGUGCAGUAAGACAUGCUUUAACCAUGUUGAUGAGGUGGGAAUUAGGCGACGAUUCCGCAGCUGCAACAGCACUAACUCUGCCUGUGAUGGAGACAGCGAGGAGCAAGAGCCCUGCAACACUGAACACUGUCCAGUAAAUGGUGGCUGGUCAUCCUGGUCAUCCUGGUCUUCAUGUUCAUCGGAGUGUGACUCCGGGGUCCAAACAAGAGAGCGAUUUUGCAAUUCACCCUCACCACAGCAUGGGGGCAAUAAAUGCCCUGGGCCACAGAUUCAAACAGGAGACUGUAACUCCCACCCCUGCACAGGUGACUGUCCAGAGGGCAUGGUGUAUAUGACAGCGGCUGAGUGCGAGGCUCAUGGUGGAGCAUGUCCUCGAGUGUGUUUGGACAUGACGCCCGUAAACGUGCAGUGUGCCACCACUUGUUAUGACGGCUGCUAUUGUGCCCCGGGCUUCUACCUGUUCAACAGCAGCUGUGUCCCCCAAGCACAGUGUCCAUGCUACCAUCAGGGACAGACAUACCCAGCCGGCGCUUCCCUGGUUGUUGAUGCCUGCAAUAACUGCACUUGCACUAAUGGAGAGAUGGAGUGUGGAACAGCUCCUUGCGCUGUGGACUGUGGCUGGAGUGGCUGGACCCAGUGGAGCACCUGCAGUCGGACGUGUGACGUUGGUGUGAGGAGGAGGUAUCGUUCAGGAACCAAUCCUGCUCCAGCAUUUGGUGGACGUCCCUGCAAAGGAGACAGAGUUGGGAUUGAUACCUGCAGCAUUGAACCCUGCUUUGGUGUGAAGGAACCAUGGAGCACAUGGUCACAGUGCUCAGUGACCUGUGGAGGAGGGUACAGGAAACGAACCCGUGGGCCCAUUCGAAUCCACGGGACUGCUCAGCAGUUCAGUGCCUGUAGUCUGCAGCCCUGUGCUGGUGACCAGAAGUGUCCUCCAGGCCAGGAGUGGAAGCAGUGUGUGAAGGGGGCAGUGUUGUGUACAGAUCUCACCAUGAACCUCAGCCGGAACUGCACGCCAGGCUGCCAGUGUCCACUCGGAACGCUGCAGCAGAAUGGUGUGUGUGUGCAAGAGUCUGACUGCCGCUGUGAUGUGGAUGGAGAACAGUAUGUAACAGGAGACACAGUUCAAACAGGCUGCAACAACUGUACAUGUGACGCAGGGAGUCUGGUAAACUGUUCUCAGGACGUCUGCAAUAUUGAUGCCCAGUGGUCUUCGUGGACUCCUUGGAGUCAGUGCUCUCUGUCCUGUGGACCCGGUCUCCAGUCUCGCUACAGGUUCUGUUCCAGCCCCCAGCGCUCUGGCAGUGGCCUGCCGUGUGUGGGACCUCACAGGGAGGACCAGGUCUGCGUCACUAGCCCAUGUGACCGUGACGGGGGCUGGAGUCAGUGGAGCAGCUGGACACAGUGUACCAAAUCAUGUGGUGGGGGUGUUCAGAGCCGGAGGAGGGAGUGUGAUAGUCCCAGUCCAGAGUGGGAAGGAGCUUAUUGUGAGGGUCUGGGAUUCCAGGUUAUGUCCUGUAACACUAAUCACUGUCCAGUCCCACCCUGUUCUCAGGUUCCAGGCACAGCAUUUAGUAGUUGUGGUCCCUCCUGCCCUCGCUCCUGUGAUGACCUGACCUACUGUGAGUGGCGGUGUGAGCCCGGCUGCUACUGUACUGAGGGAAAGGUGCUGUCUGAAAAUGGCACAGUUUGUGUGGAGAGAGAAGACUGUCCAUGCCUGGAGCUCAGCAUUGGACGCUGGUUGGAACCGGGGGAGACCACUGAGUCGCAUGAUGGAUGUAACAACUGCACCUGUGAGGGUGGGAGGCUGAACUGCACCAGAUACCCCUGCCCCAUAUCAGGUAACUGGUGUGAGUGGUCAGAGUGGACUCCUUGCUCCAGGACCUGUGGGGCAGAGUCUGUGUCCCGCUACAGAAGUUGUAGCUGUCCUGAGCCCAGGGCUGGAGGAGCAGACUGCCCUGGGGAACAUGAAAUACACAGUGGAGUUGGAGUUCAAAUCCAGAGACAGCCGUGUCCUGUAGUUACCUUCUGCCCAGUUCACGGGUCAUGGAGCUCCUGGUCCGCAUGGUCAGAUUGUGACGGGUGCCUCGGCUCGGCCACUCGCACCAGGGAAUGUAACAGUCCCCCUGCCAGGUUUGGUGGUCUGCCCUGUCUUGGAGAGACCAGGCAGAGACGUAGUUGCCAUGACAACAUUACUGUCUGCUCAGACUGUGGUGGAGGCCAGGAGGAGUGGCCCUGUGGAAAGCCCUGCCCUCGUUCCUGUUCAGAUCUCCAUGGUGACACAGUGUGCUUGGACCCCCCUGGCUGCAGCCCGAGCUGUGGUUGUCCGGAUGACAUGGUUCUGCAGGAUGACGUGUGUGUGUCUAGGGACGAGUGUCGCUGCAAAUACCACAACAGCUCUGCCACCGUUGAUCUAAAUUCCACUAAUGCAGCCUGGCUGUGGCCUGGAGGAUAUGAUUGGCACUUUGCAAAUCCAGGGGAUAGCAUCAUUAGUGAUUGCAAGAAUUGUUCAUGCGAGGCUGGGAUUCUGCAGUGCCAGUCUGUUCCUGGCUGCCACGUUGACGGUGGCUGGAGCCAGUGGGGAGCCUGGUCUGAGUGCUCGCUUUCUUGCGCCGGAGGGGUCAAGUUUAGGAGUCGCCAGUGUGAUAAUCCCUUUCCUCAGAGUGGUGGAAGAGGCUGCGUGGGAGUCACUGAGCAGCAGAAAAACUGCAACAUACACCCGUGCACAGAUUCCGUGGGGAAUUGGCAGCUCUGGUCUUCGUGGUCUGUGUGUUCAGUCAGCUGUGGAGGAGGGCAGCAGUCCCGCAAUCGACUUUGUAGCUCUCCGCCAUGUAGCGGCCUCAGUCGUCAGAGCAAGACCUGCAACACCCAGGUCUGCCUUGAGGUGGGCUGCCCUCCAGGCAGGCUGUACAGGGAGUGUGAACGAGGCGAAGGUUGUCCAUUCAACUGUGCUCAGAUCAGUGGCAGGGAGGGCUGUUACUCAGACGGCUGUGAGGAAGGCUGCCACUGCCCCUGGCACACCUACCAGCAUGGAGGAGUCUGUCUGCAGGAGUGUCCGUGUCUGGUCGACAGGGAUCUUUUGGAAUCCUUACAAAGUGUGUCUAUCACACCUGUCUCAUACCUGCACCUGUUUAACAUCUCUGAGGGAAUGGAGCUCCAGUCUGGGGAAACACUGGUUCAUGACUGCAGCACCUGUGGCUGUGACCACGGCAGAUGGAAUUGUUCCUUGGAGCCUUGCCCAGUCGACGGGGGUCUGUCACCUUGGGGACCUUGGAGUCCGUGCUCACUCUCUUGUGGAGGUCUUGGUCUGAAAACACGGUCCAGGAGCUGCACUCAGCCUGCUCCAGCACAUGGAGGAAGAGAUUGCCAGGAGCCGCGCCAGGAAACCACUUACUGCCAAGCUCCUGACUGCCCAGUGACUGUCGGGCCUACACAACAACCAGGUUUAGAAGAUGAAGACGAUGGCUUUUCUCCCUGGUCAUUGUGGAGUCCCUGCACUAAGACCUGCACUGAUGCUGUGAGCCCAGCUGUGAAGUCUCGUCGUCGCCAGUGUGUCAGUGCUCCCUGCUCGGGAAGCUCCCACCAAGAGAAGGCCUGUAACCUGCCACAGUGUUCAGAUGGUGCGGAGGUCUGUACCGGAGCUGAUUGUGAGCAGAGGAACUGCUCGUGGACACCAUGGGGAGCGUGGAGCCUCUGUUCGCGAUCUUGUGGAGUGGGUCAGCAGCAGAGAGUACGAACCUUCCUCAGCCCUGGGAUCAAUGGGUCGUGGUGUGAAGACAUCUUGGAAGGGAACCUGGACCAUCGUUUCUGUAACAUCAAGCCCUGCAAAGUGGAUGGAGGCUGGUCCCGGUGGAGUCCCUGGUCCCGCUGUGACAAACAAUGUGGUGGUGGUCGAUCUAUACGCACGCGCACCUGCUCCAGCCCUCCGCCCAAAAAUGGUGGGAAGAAGUGUGAAGGAGAGAAAAACCAGAUCAAGCCUUGCAACACAAAGCCCUGCGAUGCGAAAGGUUGCCCGCCGGGCCAGGAGUUCAUGCUAUGUGCCAACCAGUGUCCACAGCGCUGCUCAGACCUCCAGGAGGGCAUCAAGUGCCAGGACCAUGCAGAAUGUCAGCCUGGCUGCCGCUGCCCCCAAGGCCAGCUGCAGCAGGAUGGAGCUUGUGUGCAGCUUUGGCAGUGUGACUGCGUGGACUCGGUGGGACACAUCUGGGCAGCCGGAAGUUGGCAUCAAGUGGACUGUAACAACUGCAGCUGCUCUGACGGACAGCUCCUCUGCACCAAUCACAGCUGCCAGGCUGCUUGCAGUUGGAGUUCCUGGUCCAGCUGGGCAUCGUGCAGCGUCACCUGCGGACAUGGCCAGAGAACCAGAUACAGGUCUUUGAUUCCAGAGACUGAAGGAAAAGACUGUCAAUUUGAGGAAGUACAACAUAAAUCUUGUGAUCCGGGCCCAUGUCCACCUCUGUGUCUCCACGACAACCAGGAGCUCUUUGUAGGAGACACCUGGCUUCAAGGAGAGUGUAAACAAUGCACCUGUACACCAGAGGGAGACUACUGCCAAGACAUCGACUGCAGAGUGGAUGGCGGUUGGACCCUCUGGUCAGUUUGGUCCGACUGCUCCGUGACUUGUGGCCAGGGGAGUCAGGUCCGAACUCGUGCCUGCAUCAACCCCCCACCGCGGAACAAUGGGUCUGACUGCAGUGGGCUCGAGAGAGACACUCAAAAAUGUUACAGCCCUCCCUGUCUUGAUGAUCUUUGUCCCUGGUCGCAGUGGUCACUUUGUUCCCGUAGCUGUGGGGCGGGGUCUGUGACACGACGCAGGGUGUGCGUGUGUGAGGAGGGAGGUGAUGCAGCAUGUCCUACUGAAAUGGAGGCUGAGAGGAACAGAGAGGAGAACCAGCUGUGCUACAAACAGCCAUGUCCAGACUGUCCCAUGUCACAGUGGAGUGUUUGGUCUCAGUGCUCCUGUGAGUCUCAAAGACAGCAGCGCUACCGUGUAGCACUCUCUCCUGCCACCAGGGGGCAACAGUGCACUCCUGUUGAAACACAGAGCAGGACAUGCAGCCUGACUCAAUGCAAUGAUUGUGAGGCCCCAUUCGUUCACUUGGACUGUGGUGUUCCUUGUGAGAAGCAGUGUGCACUGCAGGGCCAGGGAGAUCUGUGUUCAGGUGUGAGGGAAUGUAAUCCGGGCUGCUACUGCCCACAGGGCUUGCUGCAGCAGAACGGUACCUGUGUUGCUCCAGAGGACUGUGGCUGCAUCCACCUACAGCUUCAGGCUUCAGGACAACCACCGAGACCUGUUCAUGUCCCACAGGGUGCAACGGUCUCUAUAGGCUGCAGUACCUGCCUUUGCCAUGAUGGGACAUUGCAGUGUGACACAAGAGAAUGUGAAGUCAUCCUUAGCGAGUGGUCAGACUGGACUCCCUGUUCUCCCUGUGUACCCUCUUCCUUGCUGCAGCACAGUACUCCCCAAGCAGCGGCUAUUAGUGGCAAUAAGAUGGUCUCAAUCCAGAAGCGUUUCCGGGCCUGUUUAGACCUGGAUUCUGGUCUUCCAGUCUCUGAAGAGGAGGAGAACCAAUGUUCCGGACUCCUUGCAGAGGAAAGACUAUGUCCAGAUGCCAACAUCUGCAGAGAUCUGUGUGAGUGGAGUGUUUGGAGUAGCUGGACGCCAUGUGCUGAGCCGUGCAGUGGUGGAGUCAGGCAGCGAUACAGGAGGCCCCUGGCUGCUUCUCCAGGACCCCAGUGCAGGAGCCAGCAGACGCAGAGCCAGGCCUGCAACACAGCACUCUGCCCAGGUGAGCGUUGUGAGGAUAGAGGACGGACCUACCAGGACACCUGUGCCAAUCAGUGCCCCCGCAGCUGCACUGACUUAUGGGAGCAUGUGCAGUGUCUUCAGGGAGCAUGUCACUCAGGUUGUCGGUGUCUGGAGGGACAGCUGUUGCAGGACGGUCAUUGUGUGCCAGUGGCAAAGUGUCGCUGUGGUAUCCCCUCAGGCAAUGGGACGCUGGAGAUCCUCCCUAAAGUAGAGGUCACUGUUGAUUGUAACACCUGCGUGUGUGAGAAUGGUACUUUGGUGUGCACCACGUUUCCCUGCCCGGUGUAUGAGCCCUGGAGCCCGUGGAGCACCUGCUCGGUUUCAUGUGGCCGUGGAAAGAGGACAAGGACCCGCCUCUGCCACGAAACAGAGGGCAGCACUUCCUGUGCUGACACCACACAAAUGGAGAGCUGUGACCUGCUGUCAUGUCCAGUGGGCUGUCUGCUGAGUGAAUGGUCACCUUGGAGUGAGUGCAGUGCCACGUGUGGUGGUGGGUUGUCUAUGCGGAACAGGACUGUCCUUAGGGAGCCUGAGCCUGGUGGACUGGCCUGCGUUGGACCUCUGGAGCAGCACACCGUUUGUAACACCAACAGCUGCUUGUCUGAGUGCCCCAGUGGACAGGUAUUCAGUGAGUGCUCAGGAUCCUGCCCAUAUACCUGUGAGGACCUGUGGCCACACACUCAGUGCCUGCCUGGGCCCUGUUCUCCUGGGUGCGCAUGUCCCUCUGGGCAGGUGUUACACGGAGGCUUGUGUGUGUCCCACGCCCACUGCCCUUGUUCAGCGCUCUCCCUGCCGGCUGGUUACCAGAACUGGAACGUCAGCACAGCAGGGUUCACGGACGCUGUGCUGUCCCCUGGCACCAGCAUACAGCACCUCUGCAACACAUGUGUGUGUGAAGGUGGAAUCUUCAACUGUACGUCAGAGCUCUGUGAUGUGGAUUGUGAGUGGUCCACCUGGUCCCGGUGGAGUACGUGCUCAGCCAGCUGUGGUUCAGGAAGACGGAGCUCCACUAGAGUCGUGCUGCAGCCUCACCAGUACGGAGGGGCCCCAUGCGAGGGCCCGGACCAGCGCUCCUCAAGCUGCACGGCCCCCGACUGUGAGUGCCCUGAUGGCGAGCAGUGGCGGAGGAGCAUGUCAAAGGAAGCCCCGCUGUGCGAGAGGAGCUGUCGGGACAUUUACUCCUCCUCUCCUGUCAACUGCAGCCGCUCGGCUGAAGGCUGCAUGUGUCAGGACGGGCUCUACAGAAACACGGAGGGCGUGUGUGUCAUCCCCGCCCUCUGCCCCUGCCACGACCAGGCCAUCCUGCGGGAGGCAGGAUCAGAGUGGGAUGAAGGCUGCACGUCCUGUCGCUGUGAGAACGGGAGAACCACGUGCCAGUCAAAGUGUCCUCCACUCCACUGUGAAGAGGGGGAGGUGAAGGUGGAGGAGCCGGGCAGCUGCUGUCCAGUCUGUAGGAAGCACUUCCCAGGCGAGAAUCUGCCGGAGUGCCGUCGCUACGUUCAGGUCAGGAACCUCACCAAGGGCGACUGUCGACUCGACAACGUGGAGGUUAGCUUCUGCAGAGGACGCUGUCUGUCCAGGACUGAUGUCAUCCUAGAGGAGCCGUACCUGCAGUCGGUGUGCGAAUGCUGCAGCUACCGCUUGGAUCCCCACGACCCGGUCCGUUUCCUCAGCCUGCAGUGUGAGAACGGAGAGAGCGAGCCGGUGGUCCUGCCUGUCAUACAAGGCUGCGAGUGCACAAGCUGCCAAGGAGGUGACCUGUCCAGACGCUGACGCAGGGACAAUGUGUGUAUGCACUGGAGUGAGACCAGUAUGAGCUGGGUGGUGCAUGGAGGAUGUGGGUGAAAGGCUGGAAUAUACGAUGAAGCGCCCAGUCAUCAUACUGUAUGACUGGGUGCUGCUGCUGUUUCUCUACUGUAUAUGUAUUUAUAGAGGAUUCCUAUAAAAGCCUUUUGUGCAUUUAUGUAUGUUCAGAGAAACUGUAUAUUUCCUUUAACUUUAGAUGUUUCACAUUUAAAGGUUAGUCAAUAAAUAUUUUCUACUUC